CUUGAUCAUGGAGGCUUUCCUCUCUUGAAGAGUAGAUUACGCUCACUUAUCGCUCAUCGCUCACUUACUCACUCGCUCACGCACGCACCCACUCACUCAUACAGUCAAUCAGACCAUGUUGCGCUCGCCGGUUUCGCCGGAGCGAGUCUCGUCGCGGUCGCCGAUUCCCCCUCCUCCUCACUCGCAAUCUCCUCCCCCUCCACUCCCUCGCCGUUCCUUUGACGAUUCCUACACCUACUACUCUAACCGUCCUGGCUCCUCCGGAAGUGAUGCCUCGUCGAUUACCUCCAAUGUGACGACCAUCUCCCCACAACAAUCCAACUUCCCCCCUGCCGGUAGUGCUGCUGCUGUUGCUGCUGCUACUGUGCCGCCUGCGCUUGCGCCUGGCACUGCCUCGCAGCGGCCACCGCGUAUCUCUUCUCUCAACACCGCCAAUCUGACCUCCACUUCUUCCACCACUUCAAUUCCAACCUCCUCUGGGCGAUCCCCCGUCUCCUUCAUGCCGCAUAAUGAGAUCCUGAGCCGCAAGCCCUCAGGGCGGGUCGUCCCGGCUGAACUACAGCGUCGCUCUCGUCACCACUCCCAGGGUUUCUUUGAACCCUCACUUCCUACCGCUUCUUCGACCGAGGCCUCUUUGUCAGCUUCUCGUAUCGCGGCCCAGACGGCCAUGCUUCAACAACAGCAGCAGCAACAACAACAACAACAACAGGUACAGCUACAACAACAACAGCAGCAGCAGCAACAACAGCAGCCCCACCACCUUCAUCAACAAACGAACAACCCUCAACAUCCUGUCAAACGACCUCCGACCGUGCGAGGCGUCUCCGAGGACGGUUCCCGUUCCCGACGCGGCGGCAGCAUCUCGCCCCCUCCCCCGCCUCCCCCACCCCCGACCUUCGCACCCCCCGGUUCAACAGCCAGCGCAACUGGCGCUUCAGCCGGGCAGCAAACAUACGCAAAUGGCGGCAGCACCGCGGCCGGACACGCCCAUGCUGCCACGACAGCUGCCAACGUGGUAUUUCCCCGAAACCCCGGGCUUCAGCCCCCCGGGCUAGAGAUCCCCCAAGAGCGCGAACACAAACACAAGGGCGAGAAGUCGAAGAUGAAGCUGUUCUCGAAACCCAAACAUAUCGGGAUCAGUCGGGACAAGGACGGCACCGGAAAGGAGAGGGGGCUCCCCUCGCCAAGCAAGAUGGGGUUCCCCAGUGGGGGACUGUCCCGGAUCGUCAGCGCUUCGACCACCAGCUUGGCGGAGACCUUCCCGUCGAAUAACUCGUCCAUUUAUAACCUGUCAAACGCGUCCGCGAGCACCGUGGUGCCGGCCGAUAAGCCCACGGGGAGCGAGAAGGAGAAGGAUAAGGAUAAAGAGAAACAUAAACACCACUUUCUGUCGCGACAGAAGCUGAAGCUGAAGGAUCGCGACGAUCAUUACAAUCUCCCGCUGUCGUCCGCGUCGAGUAACUCGAAGCCCUCGGAUCCGAGUGCGCCCCAGUCUUUGUACUCGUUCACCCCGGCGUCGCCGGGGGCGGUCAGCACGACGUUUGGCAAGUCAGUCAGUGGCUUGGAUCUGUUGCACGGUCUUCGCGAGAAGAAAAAGGAGGAGAAGGCGCAAGCGCAGGCGCAGGCACAGGCUGAGUCGGAGCAGAUGGACUGGGCAGCUAGCUCAACAGGACCGACUGGUUCGCCGGCCGUCUUCCCCGGGCCGUCAUCACUAGGCAGUUCCUCCGGACUCAUGGCUGAGGCUGCGAUACGGGAGACUUUGCAAGGCUUUGGUCUGAAUAACAUGACACCGGAGGAUGCGUGGGACUUUCUCAAGGCGAAAUUGAUGGUGAUCUUUGACGGCGAGGAUGUGCGCAUCGCAAUUGAGGACCUCAACAAGCUGGUCCUGGUCCACAUUCAGCGUUGCGUACAAAAGCGCACUCCGGUGGCGGUGGUCGACGAUCUGCGGGAGCUGCUGGAGACCGGAUUCGCUUCGCUGAACCACACCUUGAACGGCGUACCGGACGAGAAGCUGGUCCCCCACCUGGUGCAGGUGUGGAUGCUCGUGUUCGGAACCAUCCUACCCUUCAUCCAGGCCGUAUUCUUGCCUCUGGAUCUGGAGAUCAAGGGGUGCGGGUCUGUGAUGAAUCGGCGCGAAGCCACUGAAUUCUGGAGUCUCGCACGCAACGCCGAGAAUCCGGGCUGCGAGCUCGACGUGCGCAAUUUAGUGUUGGUUGCCUUCCGCGACAGAGUCAUCCUGGGCCGCUACGAGAGUCUAAAGUCGACGUUCUCCCGCCUCAGUCUCGAUAGCAUCAAUUUAGGCACGGCCGCGCUCAGCGUCACCACCAAAAGCAGUUCCGCCAGCGGCGGCCGGCCCCCCACUGCCGCCUCGCUCGACGGUGGCGCUGGCGCCGGGUUUGGGAGUUACAGUUCCCAGUCCUCGACGUUCCUCAACGCUCAGUCUGAGAAUUACUCUUCCGAUUCGUUGAGCGGCCACCAAAACCCCAGCGACAGUCGCAGUCGCGCCGCCUCCAACACCUCCUCCAACCCCGACCAGCUCAUCUUCCAGUCCCUCUCCUCGCCCCCGCAGCGCCCGAGCAUCAUCCACCGCGCCAACGCAGCCGCUGACACCUCGCACAUCAUCACCGAGACCGUCGGCCGCAUGCUCCAAUGCGUCAGCGUCCUGGCCAGCGUGCAGACGGGUGACAAGGCCCAGGAGCAGGUCGAGGCCCUCGGCAAGGACCUGAAGCACAACUGGCUAGGCCGGGGCCGCACCGGCCGCGACCGACGCGGGUUCGUGGGCACGAAAAUCCGGCCGGCGAUCGUGGCCCGCGCCGACAGCGACGAGUACAUGAAGGAGUUCAGCCACGGGCAUGGGCACGGGCAUGGGGACCAUCUGGACUCGCGACUGCAUGACGGGCGUUUGGAGAUGAUGAGUUUCUAAGGAACUCGAGGUUUUUGUCUGGUACAAAAUGAACUGCUGUUUGAUACCUUUUUUGUAUGUUCGUGUGUUUUUGUGCGUUGUCGAUGGCAUUCUGCAUGGAUGGUGUUCGGGAUUCGUGGCCUGGUUGGUUGGUUGGUUGGUAGGUAGGUAGUUUUCUGCGUCUUCACUUUUUGGUUCUGGG